AUGACGACCACCAAAUUCGGCUUCCGGCAAUGGGGAAGUCACGGUGACCUUCGCUGCGAGUACUGGAUUUCCGACAUCGAUCUGGCCGGCGGGAAGGAGACGCCACCCACGCAUCCUGGAGGCGAGCUCAAGUUCACCACGGGCAGUCUGGCCGCUAUCCACAACUAUCGGCCGAAUAGGCCGAGCAGCAGCAGAGUGCAGCGCAAGCAGCGCUACGACGACAUCUACGCGACCACGCCGCGCAGCCAGAGCCACAGCCAUGGUUACUAUUCCAGCAACAAUAAUCAGACUCGGCAUUUGAACGUGGGCUCCGACAGCGAUACUGAUCCUGAUUUGAUUUGCAGAGUCCGAACAGCCGGCGCCUCGCAACAAGGCUGGAGGGCUAUCUUUUCCACUAAGCGUCCCCGCGCUCAGCCUUCAAUCUCUUCAGUACGGUCCACCAGUUCUCCCUCCGACAUUUCCACCUCCAGCAUGUCGACCGACGUGAAAACGCGUCUGCCGCUGCCGCACGCAAUGCCGCCCACGCCGCCGACGUCUGACACGUCCAGCAAACGCCGGUCUGGCUUCCUGGGUAGACUCAAAGCCCAUCACCGACGGGAAAGUAGCGACGUCACACCAUCAUCACGACCUGAACCGGCGCGUCGCGCCACACCGUCGUCGCCCGCGACAUCAACAUCACAAACCAGACCCGAGACGCCGCGACCGCCCACUGCAAAUGGCACCGUCACUUCCAACGACGAUGCGCCGCCGCAAAUUGUGAUCCGGUCGCCCACUCAACGCGACGAGUUCGAAGGAGUGCACUACCCGGACGGCCUCGAACCAAGCCCGACCCCGCGCAGUCCCAGCGCGAGGAGCAAUCGAGGCAUCAAAUGGGCGGAAAAUUAUGACGAUGCACCACCGCGCCCGCGGCGGACGAGUUCGGCAGCAACGCAUGGCCGCCGGUCUUCCAUCUACUCCAAGGAUGUCGAUGGCAAUUUCGACAACAUGCUGGGCGUGGACGCGGGUGUUGGUUCCAAGGCUCGGCGAUUGUCGGUCGCACUUCCCGACGACCUGCAGGUCGAUGAGUGCUCACUGGAGGAGCACUUCAGUGUUCUGCAGCGCAUGAAGCACAAGGAAAUUGGCGCAGGUGGUGCUGCUGUCGUUAAACUAAUGCAAAGCAAGACCGCUGGCGAAGCCAAAGACAGAGUGUUCGCUGUCAAGGAAUUCCGAUUACGAGAGCCGCAAGAAGAGACCGAGUUCGAAUAUGAGCGCAAGAUCAAAUCUGAGUUUGCCAUCUCGAAAGCCUGCGAUCACGAAAACAUCGUCAAGACAUUCCGACUAUGUCACAGUGGCGACCAAUGGUAUCAUGUCAUGGAGUAUUGCGAGUUGGGCGAUCUCAAUGACCUUAUCAAAUCUGGGAUUUUCGCGGGGCAGGAGGAUCGGAAUUGCAUGUUCAAGCAACUCGUUCGUGGUGUCGACUACCUACACAGUCGUGGAAUUGCGCACCGAGACUUAAAAUCCGAGAACCUGCUUGUGAACAAGCAAGGAUGCCUCAAAAUUGCCGAUUUCGGUACUGGUGAAGUGUUCUGCGGCCAACAUCCUGGAGUACGAAACUGCCGACGGCAAAGCAUCGUCGACCCCAACGAGCCCAUACGAUAUUGUCCGCCAGGCUGGGUGGGUAGCGUGCCGUACAUGGCGCCAGAGAUCUACCAACGACUGGGCAAAUACGACCCGCGUGCCGUAGAUGUAUGGGCUGUCGCCAUCGUGUACGUUACGCUUUGCUUCCAAGGCAACUGUUGGGAUUUCGCGGGAAUGGACUGCAAAAACUUCCGAAUUUUCAUGCAACACUGGGACGCAUGGUUCGAGGAUUAUCCAGAUCACAUCAUCAAAGACGGACGCAGAGUGCCGCAAUUUGGCUACAUUGGCAGGUUUAUGCGACUGGAUGACAACGAAACGAGGACGAUGUUGAUGGGCAUGCUACAUCCGGAACCUUCCAAGCGCUGGAAGAUUUCAGACGUGCUGAACUCCAAGCCUGUCGAGAAUGCCGCUUGUUGUCAACAGUCUGGCUACUCAGACGACAUUCGAAAACGACAGAAGAAGUCGCUACACAACCACAUUCCCGCGGAUAAACGCAAGAAGCUGAAAGUGUAG